CGUAACAAGAAGCCUGGUCAGGUGACCCGACCACAUCAGAGGCGGCAUCAGGGUUCGGAGCAACGCAACAAAGCGCAGCAGCUUCUCCCCGGAGCUUUGUCCUUCCCGUUGUUCUGUUAUUUAAAAGCAAAUCCGUCGGAUCGAGGGAACUUGGCGUCGCUCCGUCGUUCGACCGCAGAUGACGCCUGUGGAGAGACGAUCGCAUCAUACCGGUUCAUUUGUCACCGAAGCCUCCAGGCGGGCGGUGUUUGUGGUCUACAUUGGUCCGGCGCCGUCUCCCGACAGGACACCCUGGCAGAGGCGCGCGGGCCCCGGGACGAUGCUCCGCCUGGCGGGCCGGAGGGAUGCGAGAUGAGCCGGGGCAAAGCAGUGAGCGAGGCCGGAGGCUCGCGAGGUCGGGCCCGGGUCACUCAUGCCGUGGUGGUCAUCUUCCUGGAGUUCUUCGCCUGGGGGCUGCUGACCACGCCCAUGCUGACCGUGCUCCAUGAGACCUUCCCUCAGCACACCUUCCUGAUGAACGGGCUGGUCCAGGGUGUGAAGGGCUUCUUGUCGUUUCUGUCGGCUCCCCUUAUCGGCGCUUUGUCGGACAUCUGGGGCCGAAAGUCUUUCCUCCUCGUGACAGUCUUCUUCACCUGCGCCCCGAUCCCCUUCAUGAGACUCAGUCCCUGGUGGUACUUCGCUCUCAUCGCCGUGUCUGGGAUCUUCGCCGUCACCUUCUCGGUCAUCUUCGCCUACGUGGCCGACGUCACAGAGGAGCACGAGAGGAGCACCGCCUACGGCCUGGUGUCCGCCACCUUUGCGGCCAGUCUGGUCACGAGUCCGGCCAUCGGCGCGUACCUCUCAGCCCGCUAUGGCGACAGUCUGGUGGUCCUGGUCGCCACGGUGAUAUCUGUUGUGGACAUCGCCUUUGUGUUCUUCGUUGUCCCGGAGUCACUUCCGGACAAGAUGCGGCUGACGUCAUGGGGCUUCCCCAUCUCCUGGGAGCAGGCCGACCCCUUUGCAUCGCUGCGGCGGGUCGGCAAAGACUCGACGGUCCUGCUCAUCUGUGUCACCGUCUUCCUGUCCUACCUGCCCGAGGCCGGACAGUAUUCCAGCUUCUUCCUGUACCUCAAACAGGUGAUCGAGUUCUCACCUGCAGCCAUCGCAGCGUUCAUCGCCAUGGUUGGAGUUCUGUCUAUCGUUGCCCAGACUCUGUUCCUCAGUGUUCUCAUGAGAACCAUCGGAAACAAGAACACGGUUCUUCUGGGUCUGAGCUUCCAGCUCAUCCAGCUGGCGUGGUAUGCGUUUGGAUCAGAACCCUGGAUGAUGUGGGCCGCUGGGACGGUGGCUGCCAUGUCCUCCAUCACCUUCCCAGCUGUCUCCGCUCUGGUGUCUCACAGCGCCUCCCGAGACCAACAAGGUGUGGUCCAGGGCAUGAUCACGGGGAUCAGAGGACUCUGUAACGGACUGGGUCCGGCCCUGUACGGGUUCAUCUUCUACCUGUUCGAUGUGGAGCUCAACGACAUGGAACCAGUAUCGGGACGGCAGAGCUCAGAGAAGCUGGCGAUCCCGGGCCCUCCUUUCCUGUUUGGGGCAUGCGCCGUCAUCUUCGCAUUAAUCGUUGCGAUCUUCAUUCCGGAGCAGCCGCGGGUAUCGGAGGUGAAGAUGAGCUCCACCUGCUGGUCCAGUAGCUCCGCACCCUCCGCUCAGGAAGAGAGCCGUCGGGUUCCACCCUCCAGUGAUCCUGAGGACAUCGAGCCACUUCUCCAGGACAGCAGCAUGUGAUGGACAGCUUGGGGGCAGUGGGGUGGUGGGGUCUUAUAAAACGGCAGCAACACAGGGUCAUGUGACCCGAGCGAGGGCAAGGUUUUAGAGUUUUUUUUUUUGUUUGUUUUUUAACUUUUUAUUAGCUUGGAAUCAAAUGCAGCAGAGUUCCUCCUGGCGCUCCACAGAGAGGCACGAUGUAUGUGACAAGGCACUUUAUAUCCUGGUGUGCCUUUGAGCUGGAGGUUCCUCGGGAACAAUAAAACCAGUAAUCGCAGACAAUCUUGCGUUAUUUCACCAAACCUUCGUCAGU